AUGGCGCUACUUACAACGUUCUUCGCCUUUCUCUACCACUUGCCGCGUGUUUACCAGUGGCUGCUGAAGCCGUAUUAUGUCGCCUCGCUGGCCAUGUCUGUCGCUUUCCUUGUGGUUCGGAAAACGCCGGGCAUCUGCGAACACCUGUCGUCGCAGCGAGAGGACGGGAACUCCUGUGACUUUGACUGGAGAGAGGUGGAGAUCCUGAUGUUUCUCAGCGCCAUCGUCAUGAUGAAGAACAGGAGAGCGAUCACUGUGGAACAACAUGUGGGGAACCUCUUUCUUUUCAGCAAAGUGGCAAACGUCAUCCUUUUCUUCAGGCUUGAUAUUCGCAUGGGCCUCCUCUACCUGACAUUGUGUAUCGUUUUCCUGAUGACAUGCAAGCCACCCCUUUACAUGGGCCCAGAGUACAUCAAGUACUUCAGUGACAAGACCAUAGACGAGGAGCUGGAGAAGGACAGCCGUGUGACAUGGAUCGUGGAGUUCUUCGCCAACUGGUCCCCCGAGUGCCAGUCCUUCGCCUCCGUCUUUGCAGACCUCUCACUCAAGUACAACUGUGCUGGACUCAAAUUUGGAAAGUUGGAUAUUGGCCGAUAUGGGGAAGUAUCCAAUAAGUACAAGGUGAGCACCUCUCCCCUCUCCAAGCAGCUCCCCACAGUGGUGCUCUUCCAGGGGGGGAAGGAGGUCUUCAGGCGGCCUCAGAUUGAUAAAAAAGGAAGAGCAGUGUCUUGGAGCUUCACAGAGGAGAAUAUAAUCAGAGAGUUUAACCUCAACGAGCUCUACCAGAAAUCCAAGAAGCUCUCUAAGGUGAGGGGAGAGAAAUCUGUGGAGUCUGAGAUUCCACCGGUGCAAGAAGAGAAUGAGGCAGAGAUGGAGAUCCAGGAGAGCAAGAAAGAUAAAUAGGUGAACACUGGAGACUGCACCAUGUCCUAUUGAAUGUGACAUCGCAGUGGGACUGGAUAGAAUGGGGAUUGAGGGGAAUUAGGUUCAAGUCUAAAACACAAUGCGAUUUUAAGACAAUUCUUAGCUGCACUGUACUAUUGUAAUUUCCUUAAUAGCUUAAUUGUAAAUCACUAAUUUCUUUGUGUAUUACUCUAAAACAUUAACUUGCAUGACUGUAAUUACUGAUCCAAAAUCGUUGUAAGCAAUCCUCUCUCCAUGUCCAGUCCCUUGUUAGGUCCAUCGUAGCUGUUCUGCACUGUGUGCCUGUUCUGGGUUUUUUGUGGGGGAGGGGAAAAAAAAACUCCAGUUAUACGGAGACUCAUUCCUAGAGGAGUAUUUAUACAGUGAAGUUGCUAAAGAAGUCUUACUACUAAAGGGUUUGGUUUGUAUUGUAGCAGUUAUGACUAUUAAUUAUUUAAUCUUUUGUAAUUAUUUAAUCUUAAGUAACUAAAGCAGGUACUAUCCAAUACACACUGCUAAUGUUUGAGGGAUGAGUUCAUUUGGCAAUACUGUCAUUUUCCUUUUUUUUGGGUGGCUAAUCCUGUACUGCUUCACAAUUGUCCAGUGAUUUCAAUCAGGUGCACAGCCUCCCUACAGCUGAGAAGGCAUAAGCUACAUUCUGUAACCUCAUGUUCACACACAUUGAUUUAUCCUGUAAUAUUACAAUGAUGGUCCUUAAGGAACACUCCCAAAAAUCAGUAUUUGGUACGGAUUGGUCACUCCUUACUCCUGUUACAGUGUAAUGAGCAUGAUUUUGUCAUGCAUACUCCCUGGUAUUGGGUCAUCAAACCUUUGUGGCUAUAGAGCAAUUGUAUAGGACCCUACACUACUGUAUGACAUGAGGUACCAUGAGAAUUUUUACUUCAUAUUAAAUUAUUACACCAUAA